AUGGACAGUCUUAUAGCGGCUGGCGUCUCUGUCACUACAACUUCAUUUCCCAGCAUUCAUAGCGCGCACCAGAGCGGCGAUUCCGUGUUUAAAACUGCUAGUGCUGAAACGGCGAGAAGUGCUGGUGUUGUCCGUGUUGUGUGGGAUCGAGGGAAAGUCAUUUCUUCGCCCACGUGUAGAAUGAGCGACGGGAAACCGUGUAAAGUGUGUAACUUCACACGGCAGCAGUCGAUUGGGUUGGUAGCUUUGUCUCUAGAUGAGCUGAAGACCAAAGGACGUGAGUGUCUGGGGUUUAGUCCCAGUGCCCCAGUUACAGUGGUCCUUGAGGACGAUGGGACCAUAGUGGAGGAUCAGGCUUACUAUCUGUGUUUACCCUCGAACACAAAGUUUAUGCUGCUGCAGCAGAAGGAGGCAUGGUCUCCAGUCCGCCGGAUGGAUGGCGGCACAGCCUGGAUGGCCAGGGAUUCUGUGAUGCUGGAGACCGACUCUGUGGACGCCUCCUCCGGCGCCGCGGCCGCAGCAUCCUGGCGGGACCUAGCGCAGCGCGUGAAGCAGGACGUGGCCAACGUCAUCCUCAUGUCAGAAGGAGACUUACAGACCUUGGUGGAUGUCCCGUGUCUGGAGCUCGCCUCCGCUCUGGGCUUCCAAGAAAAGCAGACCAAAGAACUCCAGGAGCAACUCCAGGGCUUUUUGGACCGAAAAGAGGAAGAGCGCCAGUCCAAGCAGCUGCUGCAGCUCUAUAUCAAAGUUAUGGAGGAGGGGAAUGCACAGCAGCAGGAGCAAAGUGAACCCAGCCAGGGAGUGGCUCGAGAUGUGGACGUCCUGGAUGGAGUGGAGGUGGACUCUGCAUCUGGAUUCACGUCCAGGACGCUGAUGGUCCUGAAGGGCAAAACGAGCCCUGAGACCAGGCUCUCAACUGAGGACCUGCAGCUGAUUGUGACCAGAGGGGGCGCUAUGGAGCAGGUGCUGGGCUGGGACAAAGGGAGAACGUCGCUGUUGCUGCGAGCCUGCGACGCUGAGCUGACCAGGCGUCUCCAGCAGGUUCAGGCCGCGCAGUCCAUCAGGAACAGCACAGAACCAGACAGCAGCCUGUAGUCCAGCAAAGCGGACGCAAAGAAAGACCAGCUGAAGGCUGCAGCUGGGCACAGACUGAGAGGAAUUCACAGUAGCUGCCUAAGGAUCAGUGGAAUAGGACUUACCCUGUGUUAUCGAUAAUAUCCGUAACACAGAGUCUAUGAAUGUUGAUGAUUUUACCCUUCACAUCAUUUGGUGGAAGCUGCAAACCACAUAAGUGCUUUUGCCUCAGGAGGAGGCAGGAUGAUUUGCACUAGUCAUGUUUUUCAAAGACAUGUUGACCCAAACCAUUGGUAUCGACUGUCUGUCGGCUCUUUUUUUUUUUGGAUGAGGGCCACGCUGUGAAAAUAAACAGAUAAAGGUAAAUUUGUCCGCGUGGAACCUAAAGCUACAGUUUGAUAUUUUGGGGGAUGUGUUUACUCAGAUUUCUUUUCGGCACCACUUCCAGUUUGGUUUCAGUAUGAUUUUCUUCCCCAUCUAACUUCAGAUCUGCAGUUAGAUCCUAAAAUAAGGUUAGAAAGUAUCUUCAGAGAUUCUCCAUGAGAAAUCGUAUACACCCCCAGGACUUAGCUUUACAGGUUAUUUAGCUGUUUAGACAAGCAUUUAUUUCUCAGUUCUGUACGUCACGACUGCCUCCUGCGUGUUGUGCCUCCCAGUAUGUUUUUAUACGUAUGCACCUUGAAUGUCCUUCCUUGCCACAGUAAAUGACCACUGACUGAACCCGUAUAUGCUGGAAAAAACACACUAUGACAACUCACCACCCAGGGCACAGUACAAAAGUAAGUCGUAGAGCCCUGCGUCAGAGUGACGUGGACGUCGACAUACAGUAUGUGAAUGCUGACCUCAACCAAAUCUACCAGUGUAAAUGUGAAACCAACACCCACAGACCCACACACUUUAAUGUUUUCUACUGAAUUAUAUGGAUCACAUGUAUUUUUUAUCCACUUUAAACACAGUAUGCUGUCGUGUGAAAUGCAGAUUCAUCCACAGUGGUCACGGUCAUGCUGUAUCAGCUCUGAGUCUGUUAGAUUCAUGCUGCUGCCAUGUUUUCCAGCCUUUGGGUAAUGAGUUUCAUGGUGCGCUUAAUUCCAGUAUAGCUUCAAAUAGGUUUAAGUGUUAGUGGAGCUCCACACUGUCUUGGUGGAUGAGCUCAUGACUUUAUGGUUCUCAGGUAGAACUGCAGGUUUGCUCUCUAAGCGCCCAGUUGCCCUGAGGACUGUCUGGGCAUUUGAUGCUGGAAACCAGACUCUUCCGAGGGCACAUCCUGAUGAGUUUGUUGGGUUGCAAAUGCCAAGGUGACAUGUGGGUCGGUGCACACUUUUCAAUGCUCAGUGUCCUGGUGGCUUUCAGAAUAUAAAAUAAUAGUUUUGGUUUAAGUAAGAAGUGAAAUCUUUUUUUUUGAGCC